CCGGCAGGAAUUUACAUUUCUUUAAAGGUAAUUCCAGUCCUGCCCUUCCUUUGGGAGGGAGCCCAGGCAAGGAUCACUCCAGUGUAGGUGAGGCUGGCUCCCCAGACAGGCCUUGCCACAGAAAGCCAGGGAAGCUCCCCGAGUUCACGUGCACAGUGUCCAGAAGGCCGCACCCAGCUAGGCUGGGUCACAGCAUCCCCGGUGUGUGGAGCCACCGCCUGAGCGCUGAGAUCUGCAGGCACUCCACAUUCCCUACCUGCUCAGGAGAGGACGGGGCGGGGAUCCCAGGUGAGGAGGAGGAAGAAAGCCUCAAUUCUGAACUGGGGGCCUGCUGUCUCAGCCACAGGGACUCUUACUGAGAAGCAGGGUGCCCGGGCGCCCAGACCUGGUGUUUGGAUCUAAGGCCCCCGCGGGUUUUGCAGGCCGCCGUCCCAGGUUCAGAUCUCUCCAUCCCCCAGUCGAGGUCCCUCCUCCACCUUCCCCCUCCAGGGGAGUUAUAGGUUCUUAAAGCUUCCCUGGUGGGAGGAAUGGCGGGGGCGGGGCGGCUGUGCAGGCCCAGGAUAUAAGGGGCGGAGGCGCUGCUUUCAGGUCCAGCCAGCCCAUCAUGUACGCCCACCGCCUCCAGUUCUUCCUCCUGCACGCCUGGUGGGUGCUGCUCCAGGCAGGCGCCGCCACGGUGGCCCAGGUACCCCUGCGGACACUGGGGCAACCCUCGUCGCCGUCCCCUCUCUCUUACAUGCUGAGCCUCUACCGCGACCCGCUGCCCCGGGCGGACAUCAUCCGCAGUCUGCAGGCACAAGAUGUGGAGGUGGAUGGGCAGAACUGGACCUUUGCUUUUGAUUUCUCCUUCCUGAGCCAAGAAGAAGAGCUGGCGUGGGCUGAGCUCCGGCUGCAGCUGCCCAGCCCCGUGGACCUCCCCGCCGAGGGCCAGCUCACCAUUGAGAUCUUCCACCAGCCAAAACUGGACACAGAGAAGGACCCAGGCAACUGCCUGAGGCGUCUUCGGAUGGAACUGUUCACCAUCACUUUGUCCCAGGUCACCUUUUCUUCGGGCAGCAUGGUCCUGGAGGUGACCAAGCCCCUCUCCAAAUGGCUGAAGGACCCCAGGGCACUGGAGGAGCAGAUGUCCAGUCUGUCCAGAGAGUGCUGGCAGCCCUCCCCCACCCCCCCUGUCACUGGCACCAGCGUGCUCCUCAUGCUCUACUCCAACCUGCCCCGGGAGCAGAGGCGGCUGGGUGGCGCCACCUUGCUGUGGGAAGCUGAGAGCUCCUGGCGGGCCCAGGAGGGACAGCUCUCCCGGGAGAGGGUCCUGAGACACCGGCGGCAUCACUUGCCAGACAGAAGCCAGCUGUGUCGGAAGGUCAAGUUCCAGGUGGACUUCAACCUGAUCGGGUGGGGCUCCUGGAUCAUCUACCCCAAGCAGUACAACGCCUACCGCUGCGAGGGCGAGUGCCCUAACCCCGUGGGGGAGGAGUUCCACCCCACCAACCACGCAUACAUCCAGAGUCUGCUGAAACGCUACCAGCCCCAUCGGGUCCCUUCCACCUGCUGUGCCCCAGUGAAGACCAAGCCGCUGAGCAUGCUGUAUGUGGAUAAUGGCAGAGUGCUCCUAGAGCACCAUAAAGACAUGAUCGUGGAAGAGUGUGGGUGCCUCUGACCACAUCCUGGAGGGAUGUCAGAUUUGCCUACACUCCAGAAGGUUGGGAAGCUCCUGGAAGACGUUACACUUAUCCAGGGAGGAGAAACAGAGGGAAGAAGCAGCUCUGCCCAGCAGAACCGAAGAGGAAGGGCUGCCCGCUCUGUAAAUGAAGGGCCCUGUGAGGUUGGCCAAGCCCAGAGGCCCUGGUCAGGAGGAGGGAAGAGAAAGCCUUGCAGAGGGCAGAGUGCUUGCUGGAUUUUCUCUUUAUCGAAAAGACAGUAGCAAGUAAAAGUGCAAGCGCAAGAAUUCUUUACCCAAUUUGUUUUUAAAUUCAUGAACCCCUUGAAAUUGUGUGAAAAAUUGGAGCAAAUGUGCAUUUAUUUUUGAGGUGGGGCAAGGCGAUCUAUAGCUUUGGCAUAUUUUCCAAAGCAGUCUGUGAACCACUGCUUCUCCUUCAAAGAUUAAGUAUCAAUUUAGUAGAUUAAAACUAUUGGCUCUUGUUGCAUCAGGCUGGGGUAGGGGAGCCCUGCACAUCUUCCGGGUUGGCCAGUGGCAAUCUGUUGGCUGUGUUCAGAGGCUCCCUGGCAUGGUCUCUGCUAAUGAGUUGCAUAAACAAUAAAGCCAUUGUCUAGCUCUCCUAGGCCAGCUGGUGCCUUUAACAAGAGAGCCAGGAACUCCUAGAGGACUGGCCAUGUUGGACUACAGAAGCUGGAACCCUCAGACAUCCCUGAGUCAGUCUGCUUGGCAGACACAACUCGAGUCUAUUAAAGUCGGUGACACUUCACCUCCUCCUCUCAA